GGAGCCUCACUGAACUGCAACCAUGUCUGAAGCGGCUGCGAAACCAAAGCCCAAACUCUCGGCCUCUCGGAGACUGUUCCUGAAGACCAAACUGCUGAAGAAGGCCAUGACUAUGCUGGAGAAUGAAAAACAAGUCAGAAAAGAUGAACGAGACAGAACCCUAACAGAGAGAGUCCCAGCCCUCCAGCUGUCCGGCCUGUCUCAGCAGGAUCUACAGAAUAUUUGCAAAGAACUACACCAGAAAAUUGACAAGGUUGAUGAAGAGCGGUACGACAUUUCUUCAAAAGUGACUAAAAAUGACACAGAGAUUCAGGACCUGUCACAGAAGAUCUUUGAGCUGAAGGGCAAGAUGAAGAGACCAAACCUGAGGAGGGUACGUGUGUCUGCUGACGCCAUGCUGGGAGCUCUGCUGGGCUGCAAGGUCAAGGAGUCUGUAGACUUCAAGGCCAACCUCAAGACUGUGAAGAAGGAGGAGGAGAAGAAAGAGGAAGUGACUGACUGGCGUAAGAACGUGGAUGCCAUGUCUGGUAUGGAGGGCAGGAAGAAGCUGUUUAAUGCUGGACAGUAGAUUUGAAGUGAAUAUGUUCUGUAGCAGGUAGAACCAGUGAAUCAUGUGACUACUGUUCACUUUCUAAUGACAGUGGCAGUGAAGACCAAUAUUACCGAUAGGUUUCAUGUUGGUGUUUGAAUUGUUUGUAAAAAUGAUGAUAGUGACCAUAUGAAUUUUAUGACACUUCUUGAGGCAUACAUAUUGUUUUUUACAUAAUGAUGUGAAUUAUGAAAAAACAUAUGUAUUUGAUGUAUUUGAGCAGUUCUGCUUUUAUAGUUCUUAGUUCAUGAAUACAGCACCACUGUUUGCUGUCCUUAUCUGUUAUACAAUAAACAGGCAAUUAUCAGAGGGCAUGGGAAUGUGUUGCCUCUCCUGACUCGUGCAAACAUAGAACAUGGAGAACAACAUUUGCAUUUAUUAUUGUGUUUUCCGCAAAGGACACUCUGCAUGUCGGAUUGGGAGACACAUUCCAGAGACAGCUAAUUUUGUCAGCUGUCCAUGGAGUCACAUCAAGGUGAGCAUCUGAUAAAAAUGAAUGUGGAGUUAAUCUGAUGACAUUGUAAUGACAAGAAGCAAAUAAUAAAAUCAUUAUGGCUGUU